AUGUUGAGGCGUAGAAAGGGCUCGGCAGCGAAGAAAUCUCAAAAUUCAGAGCCUCAAUUGGAUGAAAACAAGGAGAAAAAUAACAAUCAAUUGCAAGAAAAAUCGAAUUUAAAUGCUGCAAAUUUGAAAGGAAAUGUGAACUGUAAUUCGAAAUCGAAUUCAGAUGAGAAAUUAAGGAAAAAAUGGAAUUGUGUGGACAACUGUUGUUGGUUCGUAGGAUGCAUAUGCUCGAUGUGGUGGUUUCUGCUGUUUCUGUACAACGCAAUGCCGGCUUCGUUCCCGCAGUAUGUCACGGAGGCGAUCACGGGACCUAUGCCUGACCCACCGGGGGUGAAAUUAGCUAAAGAAGGGCUCACAGCGAAGCAUCCGGUGGUUUUCGUUCCCGGGAUAGUGACUGGAGGGCUUGAGUUGUGGGAAGGGCACUCCUGUGCUGAAGGGUUGUUUAGAAAGCGGCUAUGGGGCGGUUCCUUUGGUGAAAUAUACAAAAGACCCUUGUGCUGGGUUGAGCACAUGUCUCUGGAUAAUGAAACUGGAUUGGAUCCACCAGGCAUAAAGAUCAGGCCUGUAUCUGGACUUGUAGCUGCGGAUUACUUCGCACCGGGUUAUUUUGUUUGGGCAGUAUUAAUUGCCAACUUGGCUCGCAUUGGAUAUGAGGAGAAAAAUAUGUAUAUGGCUGCCUAUGAUUGGAGAAUCUCAUUCCAGAAUACUGAGGUUCGAGACCAAACUCUGAGCAGAAUAAAAAGUAACAUAGAGCUCAUGGUAGCUACAAGUGGUGGUAAAAAGGUGGUGGUUGUGCCACAUUCAAUGGGUGUUCUGUAUUUCUUGCACUUUAUGAAAUGGGUGGAGGCACCGACACCAAUGGGUGGUGGGGGUGGAUCAAAUUGGUGUGCUGACCAUAUAAAGGCUGUAAUGAAUAUAGGUGGACCUUUUCUGGGUGUUCCGAAGAUAGUCUCGGGAUUGUUCUCCGCUGAAGCCAAGGAUAUAGCGGUUGCCAGGGCUAUUGCACCAGGUGUUUUGGAUAUGGAUGUUUUUGGUUUUCAGACUUUACAACAUGCAAUGAGAAUGACUCGGUCAUGGGAUUCGACAAUGUCAAUGAUACCAAAGGGUGGGGACACUGUCUGGGGUGGCCUCGAUUGGUCCCCAGAAGAAGGUCACGAGUGUAAUGCAAAGAAGCCAAGGAACAAUAUUAUGCAGACAGCAGGACCUAAUGGGACAGUUAAUUCGGCUUCUGCAACUCUCGUUAAAUAUGGAAGAAUGCUAGCAUUUGGGAAGGAUGUAGCUGACUUACAUUCUUCAGAGAUUGAGAGGGUUGAUUUUAGGGGAGUUAUCAAGGGAAAUAAUCUUGCAAACACAACCUGCCGCGAUGUAUGGACAGAGUACCAGGAUAUGGGUAUUGGGAGUGUCAAAGCAGUUGCAGAUUAUAAAGUUUACACUGCUAGUUCGAUUUUGGAUCUACUUCACUUCGUUGCCCCAAAGAUGAUGAAGCGAGGUGAUGCUCAUUUUUCACAUGGGAUUGCUGAUGAUCUGGAUGAUAAAAAAUAUGAACAUUACAAAUAUUGGUCAAAUGCCUUGGAAACAAAAUUACCAAUGGCACCAGACAUGGAAAUGUUUUCAAUGUAUGGAGUUGGAAUCCCCACUGAAAGAGCAUAUGUCUACAAGUUUAGUCCUGCAGCUGAGUGUUAUAUACCUUUUAAGAUUGAUACUGCAGCUGAUGGUGGAGAUGAUGGCCCUUGUUUGAAAGGCGGAGUAUAUUCUGUAGAUGGAGAUGAAACAGUCCCUGUUCUUAGUGCAGGUUUUAUGUGUGCAAAAGGUUGGCGGGGAAAGACUCGAUUCAAUCCUUCAGGAAUGCGUACUUACAUAAGGGAGUAUAAUCAUGCUUCUCCUGCUACUCUUUUAGAGGGCAGGGGAACCCAAAGUGUUAAAGCUCUAAAUUUAUUUGAUUCCAUCCUUGACGAUGAACUCAGAGCUGCUUUAGAUCUUGAUGAUAUGCCAUUGAUUCAUGUGGUUUGA